CUUUCGUUUUACGCCAGCUGACAACGUUCGGAAAUUUUAAGUCGACUUCUAACGGCUAUCGUUAUUACAUUGUGGUCAUUAAUAAUAAAAAAAACCCGUGGAGAAAGCCAAAAAACUUGGUUAGAUCAAAUCGUUACCGGCUUCGAGAAACAAAAUUCAAAAUGAAUGCUCUGAUCGCAAUUAUUUCGAUCUUUGCUGUUGUGUGUUUUGCCCCCCAUCAUGUCGUAGAGGCCGAGCAAAAAGCUGCCGAUCUUUCCACAGAUGAAGCUCAAAACGAUGGCGAAAUCAGAAUAUAUAAACGGCUUAUUCCUGCUGACGUGCUCAGAGAUUUUCCGGGCAUGUGCUUUGCCUCUACUCGUUGUGCUACAGUGGAAGUAGGGAAAUCGUGGGACUUAACUCCAUUCUGUGGUCGUUCAACAUGCGCACGAAGUGAUGAAGAUUCAUCCAAGCUUCUAGAGCUCGUUGAGGACUGCGGCCCGUUGCCUCUGGCCAAUGACAAGUGCAAAUUGGACACUGCCAAAACGAAUAAAACAGCCCCAUUUCCCUACUGCUGCCCCACCUUUACUUGUGAGCCAGGUGUUAAAUUGGAAUACCCAGAAGUUGGAAAGGAGGAUGACAAGAAAUUGGCUUAGUGAUGUUACCUUGAUGAAGACAUUCAGUUUUGUUUUUCGACAUGAUCGAAUAUUAUUAUUUAAAUAAAUUUCAACAAUUUUUCUUUUCCUCUUAACUGAUUGAACAAACCGUAAUUAUUAAGACAAGAUAUUUUUACGCUACACUUCUAAAAAUUCUUGGUGGCACUUUUAUACAAUUUUUAAAAACAUAACCUUUAAAGUUUAUGUCGUGUUUUGAUCAGUGACCUUACUUAAGUUUGUGAGGUCGAUUUGGAAUUUAUAAGACCAUUUUUUUUAAAGGAAAACUCCGAUUUCUUUUUUGUUUACACUACGGUAACUACAAUAAUACAAUUUUCAAUUAAACGAGGAGUUAUCCAUUAGGAACUCCCCACGAAA